AGAGCGCUCGUUUACAGGAGACCUUGCCCGCUUUCUCCGUGGGCGUUCUCCCGCCUAGACCACCCACACCCGCGGGAAGAUGGCUGUCAGCUACAGUCAUUGCGCAGAUCGUCGCCUCCCAAGCUCCACUUUCACCUCUAGCCCUCGUCCCUACCCAUUUCAACCCACGAUGGUGGACCUCGUGCUUCAGAAGACCUCGCGCACACAAGAAGAGACCCGACUCACGAAUCGUUCCCUCUUGCAGCUUCUUCAAUUCGUGAUCUUGGCCCGCUGGUGCUCAGAGGGCCUAUGGCAGGCAGUCGACGCCCUAAGAAUGCAAAUCCAGACACGCACACCCACAAGCUGUCAACGAUGUCACGAAUCCCAACAUGGCUACAACAUUUCCCUUGUAUCUGAGUUGGCGGAUGCUAGAGUGAAAGGCUCUUGCCAGUCGCUCAUCUUGUCAUGCGUUUGCUAGCCGUGCGCUCGGCCAGGCUCAGGUCAAAGCGUCUUGCUAAUUCCACCGACGACGUCCGGCGUGGUGUAUGUUGUGCCCCUGGCCGGUCGCGUGUCGAUUCUUUUUGUGGGAAAUGCUUCUCAACGUCAGGCAAUCACCAGCUCCUUGCGCCACACUGCCAUUCGAACAACGGGGGCGACUGCUUGGACACGCAGAUCAUAGUACUGGUGGAGAGACGAAGAGGUUCCCAACUCGAACCAACUUCAAUGAUGGGCAUUGAUCUGCAGCACUCUUUGAGAUCAAGAAUUCGAGGACGUCCCAGUCUUGCCAAACUUCGUUGCCCCGCUGACUCGUUCGCAAGUGCCCGAGAGUCCCGCCAGGCAGGCAAGCACACCCUACCAAAAUGUCGCUACAGCUGUGACACGUGCGGUCUGACUCAUGACUUCUCGGAGACGUCCAGACGAUCGAGUCAAUGCUCCCCUUGACCUGAUCGGCCCCGCUUGGCCGUCUGAGCGUAAUAAAAGGUCCUAAACGCUAGUGUGGUGCAUUACCGAUACGGCUCCUUCUCUGUGACCGGCGUGCGUGGCGCAAAGUCGUGAGUGCCGCGUGCCGCUACUCGCUCACCCACAUUCACGAUUCACAUCGCCCCGGCACGAAAGCCGCUUGCCGAGAGACGUGGUGGUCCCACACCUCAUCAAAGCAAGUCGACACACGAGGCUUGCCACUAGGCAUCUCGCUUGGGUACAGGACCCAAAAAUAGCACACCACUGUCAAAUUACCUGCCCUCUUUCGGAGCUUGACCACUCUUCGGACUCCAUGCCGUCGAGUCGAGGAGAAAGAUGAUGUCUUUCCAAACCCGGGCAGUCUGCACUAGCGACGCAGCAUCUCUCUACGUACGGUCAAUGCUGCACCUACCCAUGCGCCUUGGACUGCAGGAAGUGUGAGCUUGCCUCCCGUGCGCACCACUUGCAAGUCCAGUCGCAUCUAGACUGCUGUUGCCACCAUGUACUCUCUCAUUCAAGCCUGCCGCUGGGGGAGCAGCAACGCACGAUUGGAUGAGGACUAGAGCUCAGUGUCUGUCUCCGACCUCGACUCGAGAUAGACUUGCACCUUGUGACGCACAGCACUUGAAUCCGUGUGCUGCGACGGCUCCACGUAUCUGGUCCCACAUGCGCUCGACCCGCCAAGGGCGUGGCUCGGUACCUCUAAGGUGCCUCUUUUUCAAGGCAAAGUCCAACCCCGCAUAUUCAAAGAUUUCAUUCUGGAGCUGCGUCUAACAUGCGGGUGUCAAGCGGUCAGGACGAGACAGAGCUUGCCACUGAUGAACAUCGCCCUCUUCUCUGCUCAAAGCGAAUGACCCGCAUCAAGUCAAUCAAUGGCUCGGAUGAAUGCCCGGGUUCGCGCUCGCGUUCGCGUUUCUGUCUGCUUAUAGAGCAGCGCCUUGCCACCCCGGCUCUGGAUGCUUUGUGCGGGCUGCGGACCUGCGCUUACCCAAGCUGUAUAAAUGCAAAGGUCUCUUCCGGGAAACCUUCAUCUCACACUCCCCAACCUCCUCUCGUCGAGAAAAGCACCUCAAGCUGGUCUUGAACCCAUCCAUCGUCCAACACUACUCGAUAGGCGCUGCGCGUCUUUCUACCCUGCACCUGCUCAACACCGUAACUAGUCGCUCGAAGCUCACAGCGCUUUCGCGUCACUUCACCUACCUGCAAGCAAGCACGACUGUUGCACUCGCAUCA